AUGUAUCCAUCUCUUCAGAUCGCGGCCACAUACGGUAAUACUAUCAAAGUAUUCGAACCAAUGAACACUGCGUGUGAAAAGAGAGGGACGGUAUCAAGUUACCAGUGGAUUGAAACGCAGUGUUUCACAGUGAAAGAGCGUGUCAACUUUGUUCUCUGGAACAUGGAUGGCCUUCGCAUGACUGUUGUGAUAGGUAAUGAGUUAUUCCUUUACCAACAUCGUAGUCUGAGCUGUGCUGUGCGACAUGGCUCUACCACGCCAGUAAUGUUUUGCAUAUCUGACGAGGGUCCUUUUCGCGAUGCCUGCAUGUGGGAUAUUGUUUGGUCGGUGCAACUGGCCCACCACCCAAAAUACGUGAAAUUUUCACCUGAUGGUGUAUUUCUUGCUAUUUCUGGCAAAAAUGACCACUUAGUGAGAGUUUUUUAUCAGAAUUCUUCUGGUGACAACCAGAACCAGCUGAGCUUUGAGUCCUUUGUUCUCAGUCAUCCAGCGCCCGUCCGAGGCUUCGAGUGGAGGCGGAUCGGAAGAUAUAUGCCACGGUGGGUCCAGCAUAUGUUGGGAUGCCACGCAUGUCUCAAAGCAAAUUUUUUUUUGUUUUUCUGA